AUCCAAGUCGAUAUUGAUGAUCAAGAUUUCAAUUUUAUGGAUAUAUUGAUGGACAUAUCAACUUAUAUUUUCAUCUUUGAUUCAAAGCGGACAUGGUUGGAUGACAAAUUUUUAUCAUCAUUUGGAUAGAUGAGUUUUGAACUUGCAUCAAAUAAAAUGAUUUUUUCAUUUGAAGUUGCAUUUCUGGUGAGCUGCAUGUUGACUGCCUAAUUUGAAGAGUAUUGUGUGUUGGGUUGCUUCACCAUCUUUUGCCCAACUCUCAAUUUAACACUUCAUCCAUUUGUUUUCAAAAUUCUAUGCUGACCAUUGAGGCCAUGGAACUUUCGUACACCCAUUCUUCAAAAUCCUACACCUGUGCUUAUCCUGGAGUUAGUUAUUUUUUAUUUUUUGAAAUAUUUUGAUUACGUAACCGAAACCAUUUUGAUUUUUUAUUUUCCUUUUUCGUGAUUCUUUGAUUCUUCCUCUUCAUUAAAAUGUGCAAAAAUUCAAAUCUCUUCCAGGAAAUUAUUGUAAAUAUAAAUACAAGGAUACUAAUAAUUUGUAUAUGAUUCGAAUUUUCGCACUCUCUACUGUACUUACAAAUAGUUUAAACAAAUGAGAAGGAUCGAUUGUUUGUUUAUUUAUGUUUAAAAAAUUGACGUGCUUGAUAACUAUUUUAUUUUUAGAUAUUGAAAUUUUAGUUUAUAAAUGUUAUCGUGUGCAUUGGUUUUCUUGGUUAAUGUAUCUAAUCAAAAUUUAGCUUGUUCUAUUCAGCCGAUGUAUGGUACAAUUCAAUCCAACCCAUUUGGUUGCUAAUGCGUCUAAUUAAUUUAGCUAUGUUCGAUUACGAAAGAUCAUGCUAUAUGAAUUGAUUAUGCGACAAGUUAUGAAAUGAUUUUAUUAAUUUAGGCAUGUUUUCAAACUAUUUCAAUCCAUCAGGGUUAAAUAUAUCUUGAACUAUUCGUUAAACAAAAUAUUAUUAGAAUUAGUUGAUUGGAUAUUGGUAGAUGUUGUCAUUCAGUUUACAGCUUGUGAAUUUGUCAUAAGACAAAGCAGAGCUGUAGCGUAGGAACCGGAGAUUUGAGCGACUAAAAGGGUAAAGAGCAAGAGAAAAAAACGUUUCAAUUGUCAACUCCACUCCUUCUCCGACGAAAUCAUGAACGCAAUUUCACGGUCGCCAUUGCCGGAAAACUUCCUCGCACUACCCAUUAAGUCCACCAAAAUCCUUUCCCCACGUAUUCAAUUCACAAAUCCACAAAACCCUUUCAAUUCUAGACUCCCAGUUCCCCGUUUCUCCAUCGAUUCAUCCAAAUCCCCAACUCCAGUGACCCCCAUCGAGCCACCCCCGUUGGUCGUCGUCGGCUCAGCCAAUGCUGACAUCUACGUGGAGAUCGAUCGGCUACCGGAGGAGGGAGAGACUAUCUCCGCUAAAAGUGGCCAGACUCUGGCCGGCGGUAAGGGGGCCAAUCAGGCCUGCUGCGGUGGCAAGCUCGAGUACCCAACUUACUUUGUGGGUCAGGUUGGCGAGGAUGCUCAUGGGAAGCUGAUCACGGCGGCGCUUGAGGAUGGUGGCGUCCGGCUUGAUCAUUUGGCUACUGUGGCGGCAGCGCCGACGGGGCACGCGGUGGUGAUGUUACAGUCUGGCGGGCAGAAUUCUAUCAUCAUUGUUGGUGGUGCUAAUAUGAAUUGUUGGCCUGACGCGUUAUCUGACAGUGAUUUGGAGGUUAUAAGAAAUGCUGGGAUCGUUUUGCUACAGAGGGAGAUUCCCGAUUCAGUCAAUAUCCAAGUUGCAAAGGCUGCCAGGAGUGCUGGGGUUCCAGUUAUAUUGGAUGCUGGUGGAGUUGACGCUCCUAUCCCACAAGAACUGCUUGACCAUGUUGAUAUUUUUAGUCCAAAUGAAAGUGAGCUAAGUCGCCUAACAGGAUGCCCAACUGAAAGCUUCGAACAAAUUGGACAAGCUGUAGAAAAAUGCUAUAAAAUGGGUGUCAAGCAAGUUCUUGUAAAACUCGGGGACAAAGGAUCUGCUUUUUUUACCCAAGGGGAAAAACCAAUCAGACAAUCCAUCAUAUCAGCUGCGGAAGUACUUGAUACUACUGGAGCUGGCGAUACUUUCACCGCAUCUUUUGCUGUGGCACUCGUUGAAGGAAAGUCAAAGGAGGAAUGCCUGAAAUUUGCUGCUGCUGCAGCCUCACUUUGUGUUCAAGUGAAGGGAGCCAUUCCCAGCAUGCCUGAUAGGGAAUCAGUGCUGAAUCUCCUUCAAUCUGUUUGAGGGAACAUAUUUAAUUUUUAAUGAACAUGCUAACUUUCUUGAUGUGAAUAAACAAUCCACAAAGCCGCCCUUUUCAACUUUUAAGUUAUUUGAUAAGAGUAUUCUUAGCCAGACCAAUUGGAGCUUCAGCUUUCUUUAGGUCUUUUGUCUUUUGGGAGGCUUUGCAGAUCUUAUUUUUGAAGAAGCAUACAAAAUGUAAGAACUAACCCAGAAGAAAAUUUCUUACUGUUUUCUUUCACCAAAA